UAAACCGUGGCGGGCCCGCGUCUGUUUUGAACAACGUUUAGCCGCCGCAGUAGCACAUUUUACAUGCAAAAUCGCUAUUGCAUGACAGAAAUUACAGUAUUAAAAUGGUUCAAAUGACAUUAAACUAAGUGUGCUUUGCGAACGAUCUGAAUUCAAGUUGUUAUGAAAUGAAUCACGACAGAAGUCGCGUAAACGGUAAAACUAGCCGAUGAACUGCCAGUGCUAAAAUACCAUGUGUAUGAUUCACUCUUCAUGGACGACUCGGAUCUAGACUUCACCGACCUCUGCUCUCGUCUCCUGAAAAGAGUGAGAAGAAAAGAUGCAGGAGAGCCUGGAAAUGAUGAUGGACAGCCAUCUUCCCUCUCUCCGAGCAGAAACCCCCCUAAGAGGAGGAAAAAAACUAAGGCUGUUAAGACUGAAAUAAAGAGUAACAUCAAUGGCAGGACUCAGGCAGAUGUUUCCCAACUCGUGGCUGGUGUACUAGGAACAGGGAAGGUGAAAGAUGCAGUGAUCCGCAGAAUGCAAGAGUUCAAGAGAGCCAGUCCAGAGAGGCUCCUACAUGCAGACAGUAACCAACCCACAACUACACAGUCUGACAGAGACAGUGCUGGCCCAAGUGAGAUCCAACACGCAGAUCCUACAGAUGAUGUGGGCAGUGAUGAAGCAUUGGCUCUUCAGCUUCAGCAGGAGUUGGAUCGUGAGGCUCGGGUUGCUUUGGAUGUGGAAGAGGGAGAAUUGUUCUUCUGUCAGCUCUGUCAGAAGGAUCUAUCAGUCAUGAGCCCUCAGUUACGCACUCAACACAUUAACAGAUGUCUGGAUGCAUGUGAGGACAGCGCUUCCUCUGCAUCCCAUCAUUCCCAUCCCAGGCCACGUGUUCCAGAGUGCCCCAUAUGCGGAAAGGGUUUUAAGUCUGAAAAGAGUCGGUCUGUCCACAUAAAGCGAUGCUCGAUGGAUAUGGGUGUGCCACCCAAUGAUCUGCUUCAGGCUCUUCGAAGACAAGCUGCUGAGAGCGUGAGUGACAGCACCACCGACCAAUCAAAACAGAUAGGUGGCACUAAAAGGAGGAAUGUCGUGCCUGCAAAAAAGAAAUCCAGGAGAAGAGCCCAGCAGUUGGAUGAGGACACCAUGGUGGCGCUUGCUCUGUCUCACUCUCUGCUUGAACAGGAGAGAGAAAAAGUGGAAGAGAUGAAGGAAGAGAGGGAGAUCCACGCUCAGCUCUCCAGCCCUCCCGCAGCAGUGCCUUCAGUACUACAGUGGAAACCUGGAGCAGGUAAGGGUCGUGGAAAGAGAAGGAAGGGAGCGCCUCCUGUCCACCCACCACUGCUCCUCAUUCAGGACCCUCAGGCAGCUCUGAGCCGUCUCCAGGAGCGUGUCUCUUCUUUUCUGCUCCGUACCAGUCUGCCUUCUCCACCAACCCCCAACCUAUCCCCUUCUGCCCUCCCUGCCAACUCUCAUGCCCCUCUCUGGCUCAAAAGUACUCUUCGUGAAGGAGGACCACACUCUGUUUCAGAGUAUUACACCUCAGAACUCAGCGACUUUAUACAGCCAUGGGAUGCACCAGAGAGGGAACAGACGAAGUCUCUUGAAGCAACUCCAGUAAAGAAACCCCCAGCACUGACCUCAGAAGCUGCUCUGGUUCAGGAAAAACCUUUGGAUCAAAACCGAGAACAGCUUCGGUCUACACCUUCUCCUCUUACACCCUGUUCGGUUACACCAGGCACCCAGGCCCUACAAGAUCUAAUGGAGCUGGCAGAGGAAGGCAUGACCUUAACCCAGUACGGAUACACCAUGCAUACUGCCACGGAUAAGGAGGAUGCUGUGAAUGAACUUCCUUCAAGUGGGUUUGUUGCAGAGAGAAAUGACGGCAUGUCCACCAAAACAACCUCGCAGGUGUCCUUUUCAAAGCUAGCGUCAGAUCUGAGCAGUAUGGUGAACAACCCUCAGCUCAGUGAUGUGCAGUUACAGGUGGACAGUGGAGAUGUCUUCUUCACUCAUGCAUUUAUGCUGUACACACGAUGCCCCCCGUUGGCCAAUAUGGUUCAUGACACUGGUUUUGGUGUUCAGGAGGAGGGUAUGUGUGUUGCUCAGAGGGUGUUGUUGGGUGAUGUUCCUGGGGAGGCAGUACUGGCACUCUUGCAGUAUCUUUAUACAGCCCAAUGUCCUUUAAAACCCACAAUGCUGCCACACAUACGGGAGCUUGCCGAUAGGUUUGGCUUGACUGAGCUGCAGCAGCAGUGUGAGGAAUAUUCUGGAAUUGAUGAAGACCCAAGAGGAAAAUCUAGUGACAUAUUUCCAGGUGAGGAGCAUCAUCUCGGAGACCAGGAAGACCAGAAAAUGGCAGAGAGCAAUUUCCUGGUGCUUCUCCAGUCAAUGUGGCAUCAUGGGGACAGUGAAGAAGAGGAUGAGUUUAAAGAAAAUGCAGGAGAGGAUAGAGGGAUGGAAGAGGAGGAAGAAAAACAAGAUGGAGAGUUUAAAGAGGACAGGGUAGACGAUGAAGAGCUUGAUGAGAUCUAUGAGUUUGCAGCAACACAGAAGAAGAUAGAGACGAUUAUGGAGACAACAACAAAAACCGGGGAAGAGGAGGGAAAUGCAAAUAUAUCCCACGGAAAUAAAAUUAUGGAUGAUGGGGCUGAGAAAAAGGAGAUGGAAUCCAUUUUAGAGAAGUCUGCCGCCAGUUGCAAUAGUAACAAUCAAGGUGUGGAUGGGACAGUGGCUGCCAUGGUAACAAGUCCCAGAGAGACCCAUCAAAACCAGAAUCCAGAGACUGGGAGACUAAAAGUUAGUUUGAGUCCAGAAUCAAAUGCCCACACAAAUGAAAACCGAGAUCCAGAUGCCAGUCUCGACAAAAUUUAUGACCGUUUAUUCUCCCAGUCUGUUGGGGAAUACAUGGAACUAUCACCGACACCAGCAUCCUACUCUCAGCAACAACAAUACAAGUCAUUACACACUCCUCAGAGAAACACACCUGCCUCAUUUCGUCCUCCGUGUGUCAGCGAGGUGAUUGACCUGUCCAUAAGCCCUCCACUAAGCUCAAGUGUGUCAGGUGAGUCCUCAUUUCCAGUGCCUGGUGUGUCUCCUGAUUCAAGGAAGGCCGAAGAUAUGGGUCAGUCAGCCCUAACAAAAGAAAUUUCAUGCUGUGAUGGUGUAAACAACUUUCCCUCUCCUCCGAAAUCAAACAGCCAACAAGUUGAGCUUAUUGUACUGUCAGAUUCCAGUGAAGAUAUGGAUAUAGACUACAAUGCUGCUACCACUAAAUAUCUUUCUGAGAGGGAAGCUGUGAGCCCUCAGUCGUCCUCCAACUCUCCCUCAAAACCUUCUUUGAAGUCCAAAAGCUAUGCUUGCAAUGGCAAUCUCAGUACAGAAAACACAUCUGGAUCUCAAGGCCUUGAUGGCAAACCCGUAAAUCCCGUACAGGUGACAUCCGAUACAGAACCUGCCAAAUCUGAUCAAUCAGAGCACCAUAGCCCUGCAAAUGGAAGUGUAUUUGACAGCUCUGCCGAGGUCUCCUGGUUGAUUCCGGCCACUCCGGUACCAACCACGCGCAGUUGCUCUGUCCAGACCUGUGUCAGUAUGCGCCGAACCCAGCUAUUCCCCAAGUCUUGCUCUUCAACAUCCUCUUCUUCCGCUUUGACUGUCUCUGACAGCUCGAAACCCUCUACUCGCUUUGCUUCAACAAGUGGCAGCUGCAUUAGAGAGAAGCUGGUACCCUUGUCCAAACUAGAAAGCAACUCAAGUUCUAUCAAGUCAGAUCAGAGUCUCUCUAAAGAGCAUUCUAGCACUGAAAUGGAACUCUCUCCAGGUUACCAGAAGCCACUUUAUCAUCUCAGACUGUCCCAAGUCUCUAAAAUCGUCUCACAACCCUCAAGUAGCACCCCUCUCCAUUCAGACUUUUCCCUACCAAGGCAGAUGCCCUUUGGAUCCCUUAUGGCUAGCGAUUGUGAGCUAAGGCUUGGGGAUAGCAGGGGUAAUCAUAGCUCAUCUCAUAUUCAGAAAGAAGGUCUGCUGUCUCUACAACUAAGUCGUUCAGAGAGUUCUCCUUCCCCUUGUAAAACACCUGAGAAGAAGCACCUAACACCUUACUCUCCAAGCUACGGUCAUCCUGAAUGGUCCAGAGAGAAGGAGAAUGAAGGGCUUGAACAAAUUCAAGUUAGAGAUGAUAAUAAAAGCCAAGGUGUUGAAGAAGUUGUGGAUGUUGCAGAGAACUCUGCCCAAACUAGUGUUUGUGGCAUGGAUGAGCCUCCUAUUGCAUUUGAUGAUUCGUGGGGUUUGGAUGCCGGUAUAGGAAGCCAAAAGCCACGGUUUAGUCUGAGACUUGACAGCAGUGGCGGUUCAGUCAGUCUAUUAGGUGUCGAGAGCAGAGGACAAACUGCAAGUCUACACAACACAUCUCCUCUUGCAUCUGGAGAUCAUUCCAAAACCCCUGAGCAAAGUCCUGCUCCAUUUAAUCACAGCUUACCUGACCCAUGCAUGUGGGAUGAUUGGGUGGAGGAGGAAGAGGACCCCCUUCCUCUUUCUCAGAGGUUAGCUCCUCAUGCUGCAAAGAGAGUCGCCGAGCUGAAGACUCCAGUGGCUUGCAGAAAAGCAAAUAAAGGUCCACUGGUACCCAUAACUCCCAUGCCAGGCUUCUCUGAUAUGGACACACCUGACCUCAAAAACAGACUCAACAGAUUUGGUGUGCGUCCAUUGCCUAAGAAGCAGAUGGUUUUAAAGCUGAAGGAGAUCCAUCAGUACACACACCAGCUGCAGAGCUCAGAGUCUGAAGAGGAGACCUCUCCACCCCGACACCCCUCACAUGCCUCCAACUCCCUGUCUGUUCUGCUCUCCUUUAAGCAGCCCAGCAUGCCCCCUGCUGUCUCACCUGUGAAACUGCAACAAAAUGAGGAAGAGGAGCUUUUACCAGCCUCUCAAAACUCCACUUCCUCUUUAGAGUCAGACAGGUCAAACCCAGAGCUAUGUGUAUCCGAAGAUGAAGACUCUGACGGUGAGGGCAUAACAGCAUCUCAAGCUGUUGUACGUGAGAAAGACAAACUUCUUGCAGUUCGUCAGUUCAUUCUGUCCGACCCAAAACUGUACGGACGAGUGCUGCAGUACCAACCUCUUUCCCUGGCCGAGCUGCAGGCCAGCCUGAAAGCAGCAGGCAUCAGGCUAGGUGCUGCUAAACUGCUGGACUUCCUGGACUCUCAGUGUAUCACUUUCACUACGGCCAAACAGGGCCAAAGUAACUCUUCACGCAGGAAACGGCGUGGAAAAGCUGCAACCAAUGCACCUGGAGGUGCAGCUGGUAAAGGGAGGAAAAAGACAGCCAAGCCUCCUGCAGGAGUGUUGUGACAAGGACUGA